UGUUGUGUUGACUUUUACACCGUGAGAUGAAGAGAGUAGAUUGGGUCACAACUUCAGUGACUUAUUCACUGUUGACUGGAAGGAAGGAGUGAAGGGGUAGCAGCUCGAGCUGUUCCUUGCUGGAGAUGGACUUGGAUUUGACUGAGAAAGGACUUCAUAACGGGCAGCUUGUUCUGGUUCUAAGCUCUGGCAACUGCGAGUGGUCCCGAGGUUUUAACAUGGAUUGGCUUGUGAGAAGGCUGAAAGGAUUGGGAUUUCAGCUAUGUCCAGACACAUACAGGGGGCUGAUUGAGAAAUCACUAAUGGAUUCAAGAGUACGAAGAUACAUAUGUUUUAACUCGAGGGCUUUCAGGCUGGCGUUUGCUGUGAUGUUCUAUGUUGCUGCCUGGGGAAACAUAUAUUCCACCUUCCGUCAGCUCAGCGUGAAUUUGAUCACCUUCUGCCUGUGUGUAAGCCUGUCUGCUGCUUCCUUCACUGUCAUCAUCAUCCUGCUCCUUGACAGGCAAGCCAGGAAGAUUAACGUAAACACUGAUGUGCGCUUAGCUGCUGUCAACGAAACCCUAAUGAAACACAAUCUCCUGGCAGGGAUCACGGAGACAACGCACUGGUUCAGUAACAUGGUCCAUCUAUCACUCAUCUAUUUCAAACCUCAGCAGUGCAGUGAAGGACUGUUGGCAUUGCUUGAGCAAAGGAAGAACGAUGAUUUCUUCCAGGCAGAGUUAAGGAAGCAGUUGGAUGAUCUAUGUAUAGUUGUGGAACGUACUGUGCCUUUGCAGGAAGAAGAGCAAAGCAAGUUGCCUGAAGAACGUCCCCUGAUAUCAAGCAGGAGCAGUGAUAGCAAUUCAGCUGUUACCUGGAGUGGGAUCAUCAGCUUGAUUUCCCCUGGCACCCCUGUGGAAAUGACACAUCGGCUGCUAGUGAUGUACAGCGCCGUUUAUGUGAGGCUUUUGGUCACAGGUCAGCUACCUUCAUCGUCCCCUUCCCCCCACGCCUCCCACAUCACUGCUCCCUGCCUUUGUCGGUUUAUACAGACGGUACUGAACCUCAGAGCUCACUCAGAGGAGGCUGGAGCACCGAAUACCAACCGUGAAGAGACAUGAGAAGACAUCAUUCAUGUCUUGGAUUGGAUUUGUCAUCCCUUAAC